AGGUCAUUUGGUACUAAUGGUCAAAGUGAAAAACAACCAAACAUGGACAAAACUAAUAUUCACUCUAGUAAUUGGUGUACAAGAUGAUGAGUUGCACAAAGAUAUGGUCAAAGAGCUAUUCAGAUUGGCAGAAGAAGAGUUUGGGACUGCAAGCAGUGGACCUCUCACAUUGCCUUGUGAUGCAGAUUUCAUGGAAUAUGUGAUUUCUUUUAUUAAAAGCCAUCUGACUGAAGAAGUAGAGGAAGCAUUACUUACUUCCAUGUCCUGCAACUGUUUGCAUUUGCAAUAUUGGUGUCAAUCCUUGGCAAUGUUAUUCUCCUUCGCCUUAUUGUAGCCAGUCUUUGCCACUUCUUAGCCAAUUUGAUGAGCUUCCUUGAACUGAUCAUCUUGGUACUAAAGGAAAAUUAAGUUUUGAAAGUAAGGAAAGAAGGAGAUUUGUGAGAUUCCUAGGCAAUUGAUGCUAUUGCUGUUCUGCAGUUGGGGGAAUUGAAGGGGUAUGAUUAUAUAUCCAUAAAUCCAUAGACAGUCCCUUUAAUGAAAUUGUCCCAUGCAA